AUGGCCCCGAUCCCCUCCGCCCUCAUCACGGCCGGCAGCGCAGGCCUCGGCGCCGCAACAGCCCGGCUCUUCGCCCGGAACGGCUACAACGUCGUCGUGAACUACGCCAACAACGCCGAGCGCGCGGAGUCCCUCGUGCGGGACCUCCGCGCCUCCUCCCCGCUCGCCGCGGACCAGCAGCGCUUCGCGGCCAUCAAGGCGGACCUCUCGCGCAAAGACGACCUGGCCGAGCUCGUCCGCGGCGCCGUCGCAGCGCUCGGCGGCCGCCUCGACGUGCUCUUCAGCAACGGCGGCUGGACCCGCAUCAGGAACCUCCAGGACCUGGACGAGAACGUCGACGAGGAAGACUGGGACCGCUGCUUCAACAUGAACGUCAAGUCGCACCUGUUCCUGAUGCACGCCGCCCGCCCGCACCUCGACGAGGCCGAGGGCGCCUUCAUCACCACGGCGUCUCUGGCCGGCGUCAAGGUCAGCGGGAGCUCAAUGCGGUUUCCUCCCCUAAGUCCCCGCUGCUGGGCCGUCUUUCCCGCCCAAGGUGGUCACAGAGCGGAGCGGAGAAUGGAUGCGAUGGGCAGGGCCACUGUUCUAAGACGUAAACAGGCCUACGCCGUGACGAAAGCAGCGCAAAUUCACCUCGUCAAGGCCCUAGCAAUGGCGGCGGGACCCAGGAUAAGGGUCAACAGCGUCUCACCCGGCCUCCUCUUGACGGACUGGGGCCUGCAGUUCUCCGAGGAGCAGCGGGAGGCGAUGCGCGAGAAGACGAGGCUCAAGAGACUGCCCACCGUCGACGACGUCGCGGACCAGGUGCUGUGCUUCGCCAAGAGCAGGAGCGUCACCGGCGCCAAUGUGGUUAUCGACGGGGGCUUGAGCCUCUGA